UUACAUGGUGGUGGUGUUGUUGAUGUGCAAGCCAUGCUGGAUAAACAAAAAACAAAUAAACAUUGAUCAGCAUUAAUAAUAUAUCAAUCAUACGAUGAACUAAUGAUAAUUUAACGAUGUCAAGUUUGAUUAUUAACAUUUUCAAAUGACGAAUAUCCAUUAACAUAUAUUUAAAAAACAAAAGAAUUAAAAGUUAACCUUUAUAUUUGUUUGUAUUAAUUUGUUUAACAAAAAACUCCAACAACAUGUCUGGAUUUUUAAGAAUUUACAAAAGUUUAUUGACUAAAUAUCCACUUGGAAUGCAAGCUGUUCAAGCUGGAACUUUGAUGGCACUGGGUGAUCAAGUAGCUCAAAAUUUUGUCGAGAAAAGAAAUUUUAAAGAUCUUGAUUUUGUGAGAACGUCACAAUUUUUUGGCAUUGGUUUUUGUGUUGGUGGUCCUGCUACAAGAACAUGGUAUGGAAUUCUUGAUAAAUUUAUUGGCUCAAAAGGUGGUCUUGUUGCUGUGAAAAAAGUUGCAUGUGAUCAAAUAUUAUUUGCUCCUUUUUUUAUUGUCGUUUUGUUAAGUACUCUAGGUUUUAUGCAAGGCAAUGACAUAAACAGUAUUAAAAAAAAACUUGAAAAUGAAUAUACUGAUAUUCUCAUAAGUAAUUACAAGCUUUGGCCACUUGUUCAGCUGAUAAACUUUUCAUUUGUUCCACUUCAUCAUCAAGUUUUGGUUGUUCAAUCAGUUGCAGUACUUUGGAAUUCUUAUAUUUCAUAUCGAACAAACAGAGACAUUGUAAAACCAUCAUCAUAAUUAAUUUUAAAUAAAUGACAUUAAUAUUUUA